CGAGAUUACCUGUCCAUCACCCACGGAAACUCCAAAUCCACCUGUCUCAGUAAUGGGUAACCCUAUUUCUCUGACCUUGGCUGGAGAGAUGAAGUUGAUGAAGUUGCUUGUGGCACUUGAAUCAAUGAGCACAAUCACCUCUGUGUUACCGAUCCUCCCUCGCAUCCACAUAGAUCUUUCAGCGAUGAGUUGGACCAUAGAAUGCAUGGACAGUCUGAGCAGCUUCUGGGUCUCUCCGAUCUCCUCUUGUUUUUCAACCCUCCAGUUUCGUCAGCAGUUUCUGGAUCCUCCUCCUGCUCACAGUACACUUCCACUUCCAGAUUUCGGAAUCGCUGUUGAGCUCUGCACCUGGAUAAAACUGCUCGCCAUAACUCCAACAUGGGUUGUUUCUCCUUACCUCGGUACCAGGAGUCACUCGACGGUUGUCUUUUCCCGUCUCCCCUGGCCGAGGACUUGCUCGGUUUGUCAGAUUGGACUAAGAGAAACUCGGCUUCACUGCAGGGCUCGUUUGGUGACUGUGGCUCUCCGUCUCUUGCAUCUCAAUCAGCCUCGCCUUAGCCACGAUGUCAUUCAUACCGCUCGGUGCACUGCGAACAACUUGAUCUCGCAGUGUCUUUCUGAGUCUCUUCCGAAACAUAGACUCAGCUAUAUCCAUUGGUACAUGGGGAGCUUACACCAAUAGUUCUUUGAACCUCUCCCAAUACUCGUCAACUGAACCUUUUUGUGUGAUGCUCAUCAUCUGAUUCACCACUGAGCCACCUCGACUAGCACCAAACCUCUUCUUAAACUUAUACUUAAAAUCUAUCCAAUCCUUCACAGCAUCUCGGUCAUUGAUGUACCUGAGCCACGUGACAGCUCGUCCUGUCAGUUUCGACAUAGCUUGGGAAAGCUUGUCACUUUCGCCAGUUUUGUUGGCAGCGAAGCACAACUCCACCCUGUAGAUCCAUUCUUCAGAGUUUUGACCCUCAUAAAAGGGAAGUUAUGCGGAUCUCUUGGCCGCUUCCUCUGGUGCUGUCACCUGCUCAAACUCCACCGUCUCUCCCGUCAGUGUCGUCUUCGGAGAAGGAAGAAGUCCAUCUCCCUUGGCCUCUCUACUGUCGGAGUAAAGAGAGGACCUUGUGCCGGUGUGGUUUGCGGUGUGACAAACUCUGCUUGAGUAAACUCACUCAUCUGGUUCCUCAACAGCUUAUCCAACGCUUCUCGUACCCAAGCUUGCUCCUUUUAGAUUUUGAGGAGUCACACCUCUGAGAUGGGCCUGCUGGUUUGGUUGGAUCCUGAGCCGCCGCGCUUUCGGUGGUCAACGACAUAACCUGGCUGCUCUGAUAUUAAUGAUACUCUCAGUAUGCCAAUGGGAAGGCAAGUCUAUCACAAACGCACCAAAGACUCCAAUUUGGGAGAGGGAGACUAUCACACAUGCAAGGUACAAGCGUUUUAAAGGGAGAAAUUUUCUAGUUGAAAAUUUUGUCAAGGAUUGGGAGAAAAAAUGGCUUUAAUAUAAAAGAGAUUAUUGAGGAUGCUGGUCUGAAAUCUUCGGUGGUAGACUUGGGUAGGUUUAUUCCAGAAGUUGUUUGGGAAUUUUAUGUUGCAUUACCUGAAAAGAAGGAGUCUUGUGGUUCUUUGUCUGUCAACAUUCGUGGGCAUCAAUAUGAGUUCAGCUCUUUAUGGAUCAACAAAGCCUAUGAGCUUUCUAAUGUACACAGGCUCAUUGUUAAUGAUGGUGUAGACAUGGAUCGUGUGGCUUCUGUGGUAACUGGUAACAAGUCUGUAAAAUGGGAAUCUCUCACCAUACCAGAGUUUUUACCAAGAAUGGCAGCUCUCUAUAAUCUGUGUUGUUAGAAUUGGAUGCCUGCUACUAAUCAUAGCUCUUUGAAGCCAUACAGAGGAAUUUUUCAGUUCAACUUGGAGAUGAAGAAUCAAGUCGAUUAUGGAAGAAUUGCAUUUGAACAGCUUCUUACAUGUGCCACCUGGAUGAUUCUGGAGAUUCAAUGUCCUUUUCUUUCCAUCUUUAAUUUUCAAAGUUCUGGAGAUUCAAUGUCCUUUUCUU